AAACAACAACUCUCCCAAAAAAAUAAAGAAAAAAAAUGGCUCUCUGAAAACCGGAAUUGGGUUAUUGGACGAAGCGGAAAAAGAUGGGAAGACGAGAACGACUGUGAAAGAGAGAGGUGUUUUUCAAAGGUAGAAAAUUCAAAUGACAGGACAGUGAUUGAGCUAAGCUUUCGAUUGUUUAGAAAUCAAGUGGAGCUGAGAUCUCUUGUGAAAUUCGAAUAUCUAAAAACUGUGAAGAUUUUGGGGUAGAAAAUCAAAGCAUCUCCGUCAGACCUUUGCCACUGCACCGCACCAAUUUCGCCGUCGAAAGGGGAAUUUAGAAGAAAAAUGUCGGUGCAAGAGUACCUUGACAAGCACGUGCUCUCUCGCAAGAUCGAAGACGCCGUGAAUGCCGCCGUCCGAGCUAAAACUCCCGAUCCGGUCCUCUUCAUUUCUAGUCAUAUGAAAAAAGCGGUUCCUUCAGUGAUAACGAAAGUAAAAGCUCGGCAGAUUCUCGAUAGCAGAGGAAUUCCUACUGUUGAAGUUGAUUUGUUCACUAACAAAGGAAUGUUCCGUGCUUCUGUGCCUAGCGGUGACUCCACCGGAAUGUAUGAGGCUGUUGAACUGAGAGAUGGGGACAAGGGAACGUAUCUUGGAAAUGCUGUGACAAAAGCUGUUAAGAAUAUCAAUGAGAAAAUAUCUGAAGCAUUGGUUGGUAUGGAUCCAACUCUUCAGCCUCAAAUUGAUCAGGCCAUGAUAGACUUGGACAAGACAGAAAAGAAGAGUGAACUUGGAGCAAAUGCUAUAUUAGCUGUGUCAAUUGCUGCAUGCAGAGCUGGGGCUGCGGAAAAGGAGGUUCCUCUUUACAAACACAUAGCUGAUCUUUCUGGUAAAACCAACUCAAUCCUUCCUGUCCCUGCCUUCACAGUUAUCAGUGGUGGAAAACAUUCUGGGAAUAGUAUGCCUAUUCAGGACAUCAUGAUUCUCCCAACAGGAGCAGGCAGAUUUGAGGAAGCCUUACAAAUGGGCUCUGAGAUAUAUCAUCACUUGAAGGCUGUUAUUACAGAAAAAUAUGGCGCAAAUGAAUGUAAUGUUGGUGAAGAUGGUGGCUUCACUCCUAACAUCUCCAGUGUUAGAGAAGGAUUGGAUAUUGUCCUUGAAGCUAUCAGCAGAACAGGGUAUAAUGAGAGAAUAAAGAUAGGAAUUGAUGUUGCUGCUACUGAUUUUUGCAUAGGUACGAAGUACGACUUAGAAUUCAAAUCUCCAAAUAAAUCUGGGCAAAAUUUCAAGUCAGGAGAGGAUAUGGUUCAGAUGUACAGAGAACUUUGCAGUGGUUACCCAAUUGCAUCUAUUGAAGAUCCCUUUGACAAGGAAGAUUGGGAACAUAGCAAACGUUUUUGCAGUCUUGGACUAUGUCAGGUGGUUGGGGAUGACUUGUUGAUGUCAAAUCCAAAGCGCAUUGAGAGAGCAAUACAUGAAUCUGCUUGCAACUCUCUUCUUCUCAAGAUAAAUCAGAUUGGAACUGUGACAGACACUGUUGAAGUGGUAAAGAUGGCAAAGGAAGCCCACUGGGGAGUGGUGGUGUCUCAUAGAUGUGGGGAAACUGAUGAUUCUUUUAUUGCAGAUUUAGCAGUUGCCCUUGGUGCAGGUCAGAUCAAAGCAGGUGCUCCUUGCAGAGGAGAGCGGUUGGCUAAGUACAACCAGUUGCUUCGAAUCGAGGAAGAGCUCGGGGAUCAAGCAGUGUAUGCUGGGGAAGACUGGAGACCGUCAUGUUGAUUGCUCUUAUGGGGUUUAUCUGGCAUUUUCUUUUCCUUUCAUUAUUUGAGCCUUCGAAAUAUUUUACCCUAUGUAUUAAACAAUUUGCUUUUCUUUCGCAGUUUUCUACACUAUUUGGUGUUCCCCCAUUCCCCCCUCCCCCCUUUUUUUUAUUCCUACAUCAAGCCUCAAGAUUUUUAAUAGUACUACUUUAAUUUGUUGUGGAAAUUUUUAUAAAACUUUGGCUUUAUUUUUGUCUAGUGAAAAUUAAAAAAUACCUUGAAUUUAUAUACCAUUAACUCAGGUGGUUCUUAAAUUUUUUUUUCAUUUUUUGUCGAGGGAAUCUAGUGGUCAUUUUUAGAAUUUUUGCUCCAAAGAUAAUAGCAUUAAUUGGUUACUAAUGUCGUUUAGUUCUUAUAGCAAUAAACAUGGCAGAAGGGAGAACCACUGUUACAUCUGUUUGGUUAAAUUGGUAGUGACUACAUUAAAGUUAUCGUAUC